CCCGGUGAGUCCUGCCCGGUUCCCGGGGCAGAGCGGCUCCUCCUCCCUCUGGAAUAUAUAGAUAUUCUCCGCUCCCUUCGCCCUCCGUCGGGGAAGUUUGGCUGUGCGGAGCCGCCUUUCUCUCCCGGCGCAGCAGGACCGGGAACUGCGGAGUCAAACCAGCGGAUGAGCUGCCCACUUUCCCCCGGGCAUUGACAAAACAAAUAUGUUUCCUCUCAUACAACGGUGCUGCUUCCACACACCUUUCAAACUGCAGAGAUUAACUGGUCCCAGUCUGCUGUGCUGUGGGAAGAAUAAGACAGCUUGGUCGUCCUUGGCCCUCCGGCUGCAGAGAGAUGCGCAUCCUCUCUCAACAUCUCUGAACCUCAAACCAGCAUCAGUUUACACAACCAAGCUCCAGGCUUUUCACACCUCUCUCCCUGUCUUCAAGAAGAAAACCCCUGCAGAAUCUGAGGCAGAAUCACAGAAAAGCCUGGAAUCACUGAAGGAUUCUCCCAAGCCAGCCCUUUACUUAAGCCUUGGGGGGCUAAUUCCAUUUGUGGCCGUGCCACUGACCAUGGCUGUGCAGGGGACCUACUGCCCUCAGCUGGCUUUUGCUCAGGUUGCCUACGGCGCUGCAACAGCAUCAUUCCUAGGGGGAAUGAGGUGGGGGUUUGCUCUCCCAGAAAACAGUCCAGCCAAGCCAGACUGGCUGAACCUGGCUAAUGGCACAGUUCCUCCUCUGCUUGCCUGCCAAGCCUUGCUUUUCAAAGAUGUCACUCAGGGAGCAGUAAUGCUCAUGCUGGCCUUAGGGAUAGCACUGCAUUAUGACGUUUCCCUUCUUCCUACUUACCCCAGGUGGUUUAAAGUACUGAGGGUAGUGGGAACAACGGUGAUGAUAUUAUCCCUGUUGGCCACUGUAGCACUGAAAGCUUUCUUGGAAGGGGAGCAAAGUGAUGACAGAAAAAUAUGGCAGAACACAAGUAAAUAAACCAAUAAGGAAAAGCUUUUAUCUACCAAUAAGGUAUUUGUAUGGAGUUCCAGGAGAAGUAAAGACUGAUUUGUGCUUAGAAGUCAUAGGAUGGCAGGGAUCAAGAUGCUUAUUCUUGAAGCAAAAUGAUUUUCCAACUGAUUUUGAAGCUAGUUCAGGAGGGAAGGAUUGUAAAUAGCAGUUACUUCCAAGGCAAGCUUGUCUGUUCUUUUCUGUAGAACAAAGAAUUGCUCCUGAAUGAGAUGUUGCUGCUCUAGGAAUUUAGAAUGCAGAUCCAAAAUUACAUGGGUAUGAAUUGCUCUGUGCUGAACUAUGAAAGCAUCUGGUUUGACUGUAAUGUGUGAUCAUGUUCUGAAGCAGGGAAAACAAUAGUAACAAGGUGAAAGCUGUUCUAGUUUGGUGUUUAAAGAAGUAGCAGAGAAUUAAGCAAAAGCACAUUCUACUCAGUUGCUGUGUUGUGGAACUAGAGAGAAGGUGCUGAAGAGAAGGCGCUGAAAAUUACAGAGUGGUUUGGGUUGGAAGGGGCCUUAAAGAUCGUCUCAUUCCAAUCUCCUGCUGUACACAGAGACACCUUCCACUAGAUCAGGUUGCUCAAAGCCCCAUCCAGCCUGGACACUUGCAGGGAUGCUGUGUGAGGAAAUGCUCAGUGCAGUGUCAGGUAGGGAAGGACAGGUGAGGUUUGUUUGCAGUGGCAAGCCAAGGCCAGCACUCACCUGAAAUGUGUCAUUCAGCUGCUGUGCUGGAGUGGAAAAAAGCUGACAGGGGAGCUUUGUAUCACUGACAAGGUGCCACAGAAGAUUGAAGGUCAAAUUCCUGCUCAGGCUUAUUGAAAUUAAAAAGGCUAUUUGGGCCAUCUGUUCCUAGGUUUUGUUUGGAUUUAGGGCUGCCUGGCAAAGGAAACUACAUGUGACACAGCCAUAAAGAUCUGCCAUACUCCUAAAGGACUGUUAACUUAUGCUAUGACACAAGAACAUAAGUGCUGGCACUAAGGGAUCAGAUAAUGGGACUAAAAGUAGCUUCUGUCUUCCCUCUCCUUAGAAUCCAUAUAUUUGGACAGGUUCCAAUGGACUUGUAGCCUGCAAACCCUCCAUGAUGGGUCUGAUACUGAAGCCACUGCAGAAGCAUGUGCUCUCUGUACUUAAUUCUUCCUAGCACAUCAUUUAGUGGAACAGUGCAAGAUACAACCUGAGUCACAUGGAUUUUCUUUUUUGUGUCAGCUACCUCAAGAAACCUAUGAAAUGGGAUGUGGGCAUAUUCUUGCAAGCUUUUUAUCAGAAGUAUUUAAGUACAGUAUAAGAUGCAGGAAGAAAGCUGGAAAUGACAUCUACACAUGGUCUUAGGACCAGAUAAUCCUCAUAGUUCCUGGUAAAUCAUUAUUCUUCAUGAUUGUUCUACACCAAAUAAAGCACAUAUUGUCACUUAAAAUUUUUUACCUGUUCAUUCUGCAAAGAACAGAUGUCUGCCAGUCCUGGAGAUGGAACCAUCUUAUAUGAUGUGGUUGAAACAGCAGCUCUGUACAUCAGCCUCUCCCUUUUGCAAUCUGUUAACAUUUAUAUAUUAAACAACACAUGAAGCAAUUAUGGGUAUCAAUUGCUUUAUGCUGAACUAUGAAAGUACCCUAUUAAACAAUAUAUUUCAGAGCUUUCUGAACAUAAAGGAAAUAAAAUUGAGUUUGUGAAUGAAAA